AUGGUUUCCACAAGAUUAUUAGGAAUUGCUCUUUUGGCACUCUCGCUUUCUCAAUCAGUAUCUGGUCUUACACUUAAUACCUCUGACCCAACUUCAAUCAAGAAUGCAGCAAGUAUCAUUGCUCACGGUCUUAUGAAAUAUUAUACCGGAAAUGUCACCAAUACACCAGAAACUAUCGCAGUACUACCAGCACCAUAUUAUUGGUGGGAAGCUGGAGCAAUGUGGGGGACCAUGCUCGAUUAUUAUCACUACACCGGAGAUUCUUCAUAUAACGAUGUUACUAUACAAGCCCUGGAAUCUCAGGUCGGUCCCCUCUUCGAUUACAUGAUGCCCAAUCAUCAAAAGGAUGAAGGAAAUGAUGAUCAAGCCUUCUGGGGAUUUGCUACCAUGUCUGCUGCAGAGAAGAAUUUCCCCCAACCCUCAAAUACUGGUGGAUUUACUUGGGUAGAGUUGACAGAGAAUCUUUGGAAUACCCAAGCCGCUCGCUGGGAUGCAUCUUCUUGUGGUGGUGGAUUGAAAUGGCAAAUCUUCUCAUUCAACAAUGGAUAUACAUACAAGAACUCUGUAUCCAACGGAGCUUUCUUCCAGCUUUCCGCACGUCUUGCACGAUAUACUGGAAACCAAACAUACGUCGAUUGGGCGGAGAAGGUUUAUGAUUGGACUACCGAAAUAAGAUUGAUUGAUUCGGAUUUUAACACUUUCGACGGUGCCGAUGACACCAAAGGAUGCAGCGAUCCAAAUGAGAUCACUUGGAGCUACAACAAUGCUAUCUUCUUAUACGGAGCCGCUGUUAUGUACAACUACACUACUGAUUCUACUUGGCAAUCACGAACUCAGGGGUUAUUAAAAGCCUCUGCCAACUUCUUCACACCUGAAAAUAUCAUGUACGAACAAGCAUGCGAAACAAUUAGCACUUGCAAUAAUGACCAAUACUCCUUUAAAGCAUAUCUUUCACGUUUCAUGUGGGCAACCACUCAAAUGGCACCUUUCACCAAGAACACAAUUUCGACUUAUCUCACAAAAUCCGCAUCCGCAGCGGCUAAUAUUUGUACCGGAGAUGCUAAUGCUUGUGGCACCAAAUGGUAUGUGGGGUUUGAUGGAACAUUUGGUAUCGGACAGCAAAUGAGUGCUCUGGAAGUCAUCCAAGGAUUACUGGUCUCUUCCGCUGCACCACCAAUUGUCAAGGGCGAAGCACUUGUUCAAUCAGCAUCUUCUUCGAUACCGUCCUCCAUUACAAGUACUAGAAGCACACCCACCAUUUCAAGUUUCAGUAGUGAUGGGCCUAAUAUCACCAGUGCUAGCAGCCCCGACGCCACUGAAUCAUCCACGGACAUCAUCGCAAUGGAUACUAUCAGGGAAAGUACCACGGUUCCAUGCACUACUAACUCUAUAAUCUCUCCUCCUACGGUACAUUCUUCCCUUGAAAUUCCCCCUUUCACUACACACCCUUCUGCAGACUCUUCUUCUACGCUCUCCACUGCAAUCAUCUCUUCUACUGUACCGCCCUCUUUUGAGGUGCACGCUCCUACUGCAAUCCAUUCUUCUACUGUAGAAUCGUUCUCUACAAUCUCCUCUUCUGAGACAUCGUCUACUACUUCUUCUUUGACAACUUCUGCGCCUGCUUUCGACACAACAACCACAGUCAGUAUUCUCCGUAGUACCACUGUAUAUACAAAUUCCACUGCCUGGUUUGCACCAUCCUCGUUUCUGUCUAGUCAUCUCACAACUGCUUUGUCGACCCUUGCGAUUUUUACAACCUCUACUUCAUCUGCAUCCUCGAAAUCUUCAACGGCUUUACUAAUUGAUACCUCUACACAGCCAACAUCUACUGCUUCGGGACCUGGCUCUGAGAGAACUACGGCCACCUCAACACUGGUUUCGGCUUCGGUUAAUAAAGCUACGGUUACUGCUGCUGCGGCGAGAAAUAAAAAGAUUUCAGGUGCGGGAUUGGUCGCUGGUGUGGUUGCAGCGAGCUUAUUGUUUGGCUUGUAG